UCAGCCUCUCAGGGUGUGUGUAUGUGCCGGCUUGUAGAUGUACAACUAUCGUGACCGCCUCUGGGUCAAGGGGAGCAUACAGGGGAAUGGCGUGUUGUGAGAACCCAUACUGCUGCUUUUCAGCCCUCAGGAUAAUAAUCAGCUCCGUCACGGCCCUGUUCUCUCUCUUCAUCUCAGCUGCAUCUUCUCAGUUCCUGAAUCCAGACUCCACUACAGUUCCUCCAAAGAAGCCGGACCCUGUGACAUCGGAAACUGUGGUUUUCUGGGGACUGCGGCUAUGGCAGGUGAUCGGAGUCUUCUCCAUCUUCGUCUUGGCCGUGAUAAUUGUACUGUGCUGCAUCUUCAAGUGCCGAAUCCCCAGAACAAAGAAGGAGAUUGAAGCACGCUAUGCCCAGCGUCAGGCUGCAAAGAGGUACGCCAACACUUUGGAUAAUGUUCCACCACUCAACGAACUGACAGAGAUGCCAGGAGAUUCUUCUGACACUAUUCCUUUGCAAACUGUCUCUGGUCAGCUCCAGCACAGAUCUGUCCACUCUCUACCUGUCCUUCAGGAGGAAGAUGAAAUGGCACCUGUUUGAAUUCAAGACCACCGAUAACUGGGUCAAAUUUUGUUCUUUUAUUUCAAUCCCUCCACCAAAAAGAACCUGUAACUGAAGAAACUUCCUCUCCU